AUGUGCAUCCAGUGGAUCGCCUCCGCAAACUGCACCGGCGCCGUGGACGGGAAUACUCCGCAAAACGGGUGCAAGGGAGCCCACGUCGCGGUGGUACGCCGCGAGAUCUGCCCCUCGGCCCGCGAGCAAUGCGUGUGCUUCUUCGGCUCGUGUAAAAAAAUCCUCACGCUGUCCGCCGGAGACCAGGAAACAGUCAACGCGUCGUGCGAUGUUUGCGGCGCGGACGAAGAUCCAGAGCAGAUGAUGCUGCUGAGAAUAUUUGACGACGCCUUUGCCGCCGAGUGGGUUGUCGCUUUUGGUGAGAGCCACUAUGCCAAGUGCACCGAGGGUAAGUGGAGGGGCCGUUGGGCAGAAGAUGAGUAA